AUGAAGGUAUUAACACUCGCUCUCUUCGCUUCAGCUGCAUUAGCUAAUUUGGACAUUUUGAAAAGAGCCGAUACACCGAAUCUUUGCGAUUCUCAAGUCUGUCUUGAUGCUGGAAAACAUUUGGACGAUAAUUGUAAUUCCGAUGUUGAUAAUCUUUUAUCUUGUAUUUGUCUGAUAGACGUUGAUAAUGAUUAUUGGAAUAAAAUGACUGACUGUGUUAAUGGAUGUGGUUAUCAACAGGCAACUAACAGUGCUAUUAGCAAUAGUGAGUUGAGGCAGAUGUAUUGUGAUGCCGCUAAGGUUUAUUCAUCUCUUUCUACAGAGUUAUCAAAUCAAUCUGGCACAGAAUCUGCUACUAACUCAAUUGAUUUUUCGGCCAUCAUGUCUGAUUUGUCCAAUGCCGCAACUGCUUCUGAAUCCAAAGAUCCUUCUUCAGCAAUUGCAGCUAUUUUGAACACUUUAUCUGCUCUUUCAACUGAGGGGACAGAGCUGUCUGGAUCUGGAUCAUCUACAACAAACUCACAAUCUGGAUCAUCUGCUUCUACUACCCCAGGUUCAUCCACUACAGGAUCAAGUAAUAUUGCUGCUACAAUUGGUUGUGGGUCCUUGAUCUCUUUAGUCUUAUUAUCCAUUUUGUAA